UACCCGACCAAAUAUUGACACAAAUUCAACAAGCCGAAUAUUUUUUUGAACCCAUUUGAAAAUCAUUCCCCUAUUGAUGAGAGCACAUGAGGUUGCUAUAAAACAUUGCCGUUUACUCGCAGCCAAUCAAUGUUAAAAUUUGAAGGAAAGGCUUGGUGAAAAUCUUGAAAUUUACUUGGUUUUACACAAAGGAAUUUGAUGCACAUGAUAAAAAGGAGCCAGCACGCGUUGCUGGCAAGUUUGUUACUCAUAUUAGAGACGUUGGUGUCAGCUAGAAGCUAUUUCAGGGCAGCCGUAGUCAAAAAUUUUAACCUCACGAUGCUAGAAGGCGGUUCAUUCUACACCAGGCCCCGAAGACAAACUUUUGGGAGCAGAGAGCUGAGGGAAACAUUAGACUGGCCACACUACCAGUCUCUCAGAGCUUUGCAGAUGCAGCACUUGGAGCUAACAGCCAGCCUCAACCGCACGCUGCUGCAAAUCACUCUCAAUGGACGCAAGAUACUUGACCAGCCCUCAAAUGGAGUGUCAGAUAGCAACAAGAACGACACUUGGCCCUACCACGGCGUGACCGUGGUCUCGGUAUCUCCCGCUGGUGACGUGAAGGCGGUCGACCGCUUCCAGACUUACCACCCCGGCCAGGGGGCGCAGCUCGUGCGCUUCCUGCAAGCCCUGCAGCCGGGAAGACUUGUCAUUUUCUUAGCAGUUCCAGAAUGGAUUCUAUUCUUGGGCGAGGAGGCGAAAAAAACCUUCCGUUUACUCGGGUUCAACCUUGGCGGCCACAAAACUUGUAACCAUGAAGCGUGGAUCGGAGUAGCAUUCUUGGACUCUACACUGGAAAACUUCGGUCGGGAGAAACGAAGCGAUAUGGCCAUUUAUAAUCAUGAAGAGGCCGAUUUUCAAUCUUGGCAUGACUCCGACAAAGAAAUUUAUACGGCGGAUCCUCGUCAUAAUGAUAAAAUUCCAACCUGGCUGGAUAAGGAAUCGAUCCUACGGAAAAAUGGAGACAAAUUCCAUGCUAAGGCUUCAGUUUGGACUGGCAGAGUGAUUGCAGAAGCCACGGUGACCACUCUAAGAAUUUCAAAACCAAUCCUAUUGAAUAUAAUGCUGCCAAACAAAAAGUAUAAAGACGUAGCGUGUGACUGGCACGAAGAAACGACGAUGAAAGAACAGCGACAUUUUUGCACGAAGUACGAUGGUUACGACGAUCUAUGCAGAUGUCGCGAUCCCUUCACCAGCAAAAUGAAAUACCAGCAACCUCGUAUCAAAAUACGGGAAAAAAUUCCGUUCGCUGUUGUCACUGCAAACUCUCCACGCAAGCUAUACAGAACCUUGCGGUCAUUGCUGGAGGCAUCAGGUUCUGCUCAAACAGAAAUCCUGUUGGUCAUCGACGGUAUCCAAGAAGAGACGAUGGCUCUGGCCGGGGUGCUUGGGAUCGCAUUCAUCGUCCACAAGCCCCAAGGAGAGCCUCACUCUAACGUCAGACCCAACACCAACGUUAGGUUUGCUCUCGAAUCAGUCUUCGAUGUCUUCCCGGAGAGCGACAAGGCCGUUAUUUUGGAGGAUGAUCUCGUAGUGUCACCAGACAUUAUCAGAUACUUCCAAGAAACAUCGUGGUUGUUGGACGUGGACCCGACGCUGCUGGCGGUGAACGCGUUCAGCUACAACAGCAUCAGGGGCGUGGCGCUCGACACCGCGGCGCUGCGCAGGGUCCAGGCGUAUCCAUACUACGGCUGGAUGAUGAGACGACAUGUCGCCCGUCAGGUCGUGACCAGCUGGAUGAACGAUGAGACGGGUGACUGGGACAAGUGGAUGCUACGGGACAACAGGACCAGCAGAGGUCGGGACGUCUUAAUUCCUGAAGUGUCGCGCACGUAUCACGACGGAGGUCUUGGCGUGCACGUCAGCGGCUUCUACCAAACCAUCUUUUAUGAGAGAAUCAUCGUCAACACCGACAGAGACGCGCAGCUCCAGAACUUGACCAAGCUACAAAAAGACGCGUACGAAGCCCAUCUUGCGGAAGAGUUGCGGAGGGCGCAGCCUGUAGUUGUCGACGUGCUUAGCAGCUCCGAGAAAUUGCCGAGAAAUGGCACCGGUCCGAUCGUUACGUACGUCUCCGCGAUCACGCACCACGACGAACAACUGAGCUUUGCAACAAUCAUGAUGAGCCUCGGAACGUACGACCUGGACACCUUGGAAAUUUUUGGAGGGCUGAUGAUAUUCAACGUCGAAGGCCGUCGCCUCUACGUGGUUGGCUGCCCCUUGUCCGUUCUCUAUUGUCGUAAAGACGCGCGCCUUGUCGCCCCGACGCCCGAGCUCCAUGAGCAAGUUUCUGCGCUCGUGGAGAGGCGCGAGCAGGACCACUUGCGGCCGUUUCUUCAGCAGCGCGUCCGUACCACCAAAUUCGAGCGUGAAGCAACACUAAGUAAUUUCAUAAACCAUAACACAACGUAUCAGCCGGGAGACCUAUCUCCAGAUGGCAAAUACGUUAUAACGGAUAAUUAAAAUAUCUUGCUUAGUAUUCCGAGUUUGCUUCUCAAUUGAUGCUCCUCAAUUUUGGUGGCAAUUUUUUUUUUUUUGCUUCUCGAUGACUUGUCGUCACAGUAAUCAUAGUAAAGAAAAUUAGGUCAAAUCUUUGAGUUCUUCCUUCCUGCUCGAAACAGUAAGAACAAAUGAUAAAAGUUCUCAACCUGACGAAAUGUUGAGAUUUUCUUGAAUAGAGACGAGCUUUCAUGUCUGCUUCUA